CUAGCAUUGUGCGUAUUUUUUGUUUGUUUAUCAUUUUUUGGGCAACCAGGCAUUUGAUUGAUCCAUUUGAUUAGUAAUCGAUAAUCGUAGAUGUAAUUUUGAAUCAGGUUAGAAUAACCAAACCUAAAAUCAAAUUAAGGGCUUCCAAAAACAAUCAUCCAUUCCAUCAAAAAUGAAUAUCAUUCAUCAUUCAGUAGCAUCAUUAUUCAAUUACUAUAUCACUAAUGGACGACAUGUUAGCCUGGUUGCAAUCAUUUUUUUAUUAUUACAAUUUUUGGCACAAAUUUCGGCACAAUCAUCAAUGUUGACUAAUCGUAAAAUUAAACCACCAUCACAACAAUCACCAUCAAUCAAUUCAACAAUCAAAACAUCAAGCGGUGGUAAUCUUGUAUUGGCUAAUAAACAAGCAGCACCAAAAUUUAGUUAUGUUGUUUGGGAUGAACAAGGAAUGGUCUGUAUUUUGGCUAAAUUUGAAGCAACACUGACGAUUACAUUCUAUACACCAAGUGGUGCACAUCAAUUAAUUGAAAAAAUACCGAUCGAUGCAAAAUCCAAAGGACGUUGCGAUUAUCUGUUGGAUGAAAAACCCGUAUUAGAUGUUACAUGGAUUGGUGGUUUUACAUUUCGUAUUAUAUUCGAAAAAAUUAUCAAUUCUGAUGAUAAUAGUGUUGAUAGAUGGGGUAUCAAUUCUAUCGACUUGCUUUACAAUACUGCUGAUUCAUUAUUUCGUGGUUCGGUUGAUGGUGGUAAAAAAGUUGCACGUACAAAACCCGGAUCAUUGGGAAUGUUUACAACCGCUAUGGGUAAAUCAUAUUUUUGUCCAUCACCACCGAUUAUUAACCUUUAUGAAUCAAAAACUGGUAAACCAAGUGUUGUUGUACGACUUACGAAUGUACAUUUGCAAGCAUUUCAAAUUGAAAUGGGAAAAUUUGCACCAAUAUCACGUUGUAGCCAGGUAAGUUUUGGUUCAGGUGUUGCAGCACCAUUAUACGUUAGUCUGGAACAAGAUGAUAGUGUACCAGUUGUUGUUGGUACACUGACGGUUAUUGUAUCGAUUUUGGUUAUUGUUGGUUAUGCUGUCUAUAAAUCAUGGGUAUUUAAACCGGUUGAUUAUGAUACAAUGAUCUGAAAUGAAUCAAUGAAAAUUAUCGCUUUUCAACUGAUGUUAUCCAUAAAUCCACAUAUCAAAUCAUCAAUCCAAACAAUCAAAUGAAACCAAGU